AUGGGCAGCAUAGGAGAGACGUACCCUAGGGGGAAUAAAUUCAACACCGCGCUCACCGACUUUUCGACAGUUCACGCCGACAAGGCUGGACCAUAUGCCGAGAAUCUCGAGGUUGAUGCUUUGGUUGUGGGCGCCGGUUUCGCUGGUAUUUUUAUGCUCAAGACCCUUCGCGAUCGCGGUCUAAAGACGGUCAUUUUUGAGGCCGGAAACGACACAGGUGGUACCUGGCGAUGGAAUUGCUACCCUGGUGCCGGCGUCGACUCUGAAGUCCCAGAGUACGAGUUCUCUUGGCCUGAGGUAUAUAACACAUGGAACUGGUCCACCAAUUACCCUAGCUACAAAGAUCUACGAAAAUAUUUUGAUCACGUCGACAAAGUCAUUGGCGUCAAGAAGGACUGCGCUUUUAACACCGUCGUGGUUGGAGCUCAGUUCGAUACAAAUGAGGGAAAAUGGAUUAUUCAAACCGCAGACGGCCGAACAACCAAGGCCAAAUACCUUGUCCUUGGGACUGGCUUUGCCGCCAAGCGUUAUAUUCCCCCGUGGUCCGGCAUGGAUAAGUUCAAGGGUGUCGUGCACCACUCAUCCUUCUGGCCGGAAGAAAAUAUCGACGUGAAGAACAAGCGAUGUGCUGUCAUCGGCACCGGUGCCUCUGGUGUACAGAUCACGCAGGCUUGGGGCCCCGAGGCCGGCGAUCUCACAGUCUUCCAACGCACCCCUAAUCUCGCCGUACCCAUGCAGCGUCGAGAGCUCACCGUUGAAGAACAAGAGCGCAUCAAGCCCUACUACCCAGAGCUGUUCCGGUACCGCGAGACCACUUUCGCAGGUUUCCUGUAUGAUUGGCAUGAGCGCAACACCUUCGACGACACGCCCGAAGAGCGCGAAGCUUUCUACGAGAAGGCCUGGAAGGAAGGAGGCUUCCGCUUUUGGGUUGGUGUGUACAAGGACACCUUGAUGAAUCCCGAGGCCAACAAAGAGACAUACAAAUUCUGGGCGAAGAAGACCCGUGCUCGCAUUAGCGAUCCAAAGACAAGAGAUUUGCUUGCUCCGCUGAAGAUGCCGCACUACUUCGGUAUCAAGCGACCGUGUCUGGAAGCGACCUAUUUCGAGCAGUUCAAUCGGGAAUCUGUACACCUUGUUGAUAUCAAUAAUAACCAGAUCAAGGAGUUCACUGAGACCGGUAUCACUCUUGAAGAUGGAACGCAUCACGAGUUCGACGUCAUUGCUGUCGCGACUGGAUUUGAUGUGGUUACUGGAGUUAUGACUCAGCUCGGUCUGAAGAGCAUCGAUGGCGCUGAGCUCGAAAAGGAAUGGAUUACAGGCGCGCAGACCUAUCUCGGUACCACCGUCAGCGGCUACCCGAAUAUGUUCCAUAUCUACGGCGCCCAUGGCCCGACGCUCUUGAGUAACGGACCCACCUCAGUCGCGGUACAGGGCCGAUGGAUUACCGAUGCUAUCACGAAGAUCGAGGCCAAUCAUGUCAAGUACAUCAAUCCCAAGAUUGAGGCCGCUGAUCAGUGGAAGAAACAUAUUGUGGAACUUAAUGACAGGACUCUCUUCCCCACGACGCAAUCGACUUACAUGGGUGGUAAUAUUCCUGGGAAGAAAUGCGAACCAGUGUGCUACAUUGGUGGUAUUCCUGGUUAUGCUGCCGAGAUUCGUCGGGCUUUGGAUAACUGGGAGGAAGGAUUUGAUAUCGUGAAGGCUUGA